UAAUGAAUGGAGUGCACGAAAACAUGGUUGUUUUUCAGCUUUCCUUGGAGAUUAAUUUGAAUAUGAUCAGUUUGCUUCAGUUUUGAUAACUGUUUAUUAAUUAUGAAGUAAUUUAUUAGAACAUAAAAAUAAACAUUUAGCUAAGUAUGAUAUAUGUAAAUAACCUAGCAGUUAGCGUCUGGAAGUGCUUCUAGAUAGUGAAGUUGUUAUUUAAAAAUAAUCAUGAAUUUCACAUACAUUCAAUGAUUUAAGUAUUCAGGAUGGUUGUUGGAUCAGCGACGUACCCAGGGAGGCAAGUGCUCCACAAGAUGCAACCAAUGGGCAUGACACCUCGUGAGCUGUCAGAGUACGAUGACUUAGCUACAGCUCUUAUAGUGGAUCCAUAUCUUGGCAUCACCACACAUAAAAUGAAUAUUCGUUAUAGACCAUUAAAAACAAAUAAAGAAGAGCUGAAGAGUAUUAUUAAGGAAUUUAUCCAAACACAAGAUUAUAAUAAGGCAUACUCUAGAUUAGCUAAUGGUGAAUGGAUGCCAAGACAUUUUAGCAAAAAUAAACACCAACAGAGCAAGCUAAGAGAACAUAUUUAUCGUUAUUUGCGAGUAUUUGAUAAAAAAGCAGGCUUUGUUAUAGAGCCCUGUUAUAGGUACUCUUUGGAAGGUCGAGUGGGUGCAAAGAUUUCUACAACAAAAAAAUUCUUCAAGCAUGAAAGAAUUGAUUUUCUUGUUGGCUGUAUUGCUGAGAUGACAGAAGAAGAAGAAAAACAAUUACUUCAUCCUGGAAAAAAUGAUUUUUCUGUAAUGUAUAGUUGUAGAAAAAAUUGUGCACAGCUGUGGCUUGGCCCUGCAGCAUACAUUAAUCAUGACUGUAGACCUACUUGUACUUUUGAGGCUACUGAUCGUGGGAAGGCAUUUGUUCGUGUGUUGAGAGAUAUUGAGGUUGGUGAAGAAAUAACUUGUUUUUAUGGAGAGGACUUUUUUGGAAAUGGCAAUUGUUACUGUGAAUGUGAGACUUGUGAAAGACGGGGUAAAGGUGCAUUCUCUGUACAAAAUGCACACAACGAUGAGCAAGCCACCAGAUAUCGAUUUAGAGAAACUGAUAAUAGAAUAAACAGAACAAAAGCAAAACAGUCACAAAAAAAUGUUAACGGCAAAAACCCAGAAAAAUCUCGAAUAUCUAGCAGGCAAAAUUCUGAUAUAGUUUCUCCACUUAGUAUGAAGGAAAUGAAGCAAAAAGGUUUAACAAAGUAUGAUGCUGAACUUUUAAUAGCUCAAGGUUGUAUUGCUGAUGUUAUAGAAGGUAAUGUUAGCAAAGAGGCACAGGGCAGUAGAGAAUCUUCAGCUUCAAGUCGAGGUGAAAGAUUACGGCGACGCACUGAUAGUAACCGAGCCACCAAUGGCAUGUCUGUAGUGACUACCACUAGUGUCAAACGAAGGGCUCCUCCAUCUCGCUGCUGUAGCACUACUAGUUCACGCAGUAGUCGCGAUUCACAUUCUGGCAUAGUUUUACGAAGUCAUAAACGCUUACUUGACACUUGUUCACAAUCUACUUGUCCUAAACCUAAAAACACAUCAAAACAAAGCUCUGAAGGAAAAUCUGAUAGGAAUCUUACUACACCAAAAGAUGAAACAGAGAUGAAUGGUUUAGAAACAAAUAAAAUUAAUAUCAAAACAGAACCAUCAAAUGAUAGUCAAAAAGAAAAUAUUGAUUCUGUUGAUAUUACAGAUCCGCAUAUAGAAAAAAUAGAGAAUGAUUGUGAUAAAAACGAAUCUCUUUUGCACAGAACAGAUUUGGGUAUUACCAGUGAAGGAAAGGGUGGUCAUUCUGUAAGCGAUUCCAAUGUUCAAGAACAAAUACAUGCUAAUAAAUGUGUAAGUGACAAUGCUUGUGUGAAAAGUGAAAUAUAUGAUUUUAGAGAAAAUGUGAAUCCAAGUGAAUCUAAAGAGAGCAAGCAGAACAAGAAUCCAAAAAUAGAAGUUACGAGUAGGACUGAAGAAGUUAAAAAAGAAACAGACUCUGGACCACCAUGGCUGGUAGAUAAUUCAAAUAAAAGUAGUGAAUGUCCAUGUACUCCUCCACGGCGAGGUCUUAAACUCACGUUGCGGGUGAAAAGAAGUCCCGUUGUAGAAGAAGUAAUGGAUUGUGGUAACCCUACGGAGGCAACUGAGUAUGAAGUAUUACGGCUAGAGGGCGUUGACCCCGAGACGGCGAGACGCCUAAAGAAGCGACGUCGGUCGAAGGAGCGUCAUCGCAAGCAUAGCCCCAUCCGUCCUCUGCCUCCAAUGAAACGCUUAAGAUUAAUAUUUGGCAAUGAGAGUCGUACCAUCGACUUGCCAACUGCUAUUUCAGCAGACUGACAGCCGCAACUACCUUAUGGUUAUUUUCCACCGUUAUUAUUCAAUUAAUAGUUUAAUUGACACUGAUUAGGAUUAUUUUAUCUAGUAUUUAUUUUGGUGACGUGAAGUUCUGACAUUUGAGUAAUGUGUGAUAUGCAUCUAAUUUUUAUUUCUUGAUUCCAUGAGAUAUUUAUUAAAACAGACAUUUGAAACUUGUAUUGAUUUCAUUAGCGCAAUUUUAUUGCAUUAUCUCCCUUACAUGUCAGGCGGUUUCACGAUUAUCAAAUAAGUUGAUCUAGUAUAGAAUUUUAUAAUAUAAACUAAUGUUAUUCUGUUAAUGUAUGUACAAAAACAUUGGGUUUUGUUUAUUCAAAGUCAGAUACGACUUAUUUGAAGGUGAAAUAAGUCCUGGCAGAUUAUACUGCCAUGUGGUAAGAAAAUAAUAUGUUAUUGGAAAUGAAUAAUUAGGAGCAUGAUUCUUACCAUUUUAAUUUAUAUGUUGACAUUGUUGACUUGCUGCAGGUAGAUCUCAUUGCAUUGUAUAAUAAUUUAUUGUUCUUGUAACAACGUCUUAAUGAAAUGUGUAUAUUGAAUAUGGUAUGGAUAUUUCGAUGAGCAUAGUGAAAUAAAUUCUCUAUUUGAAGAGUAAUAGUUAUUAUUAGUAAUAAAUGUAGUGUAUGUAAAUCUUCAAUUUGAACAAGGGCGUAGUUUCGAGACUAGAUUCAAUAAAUUACAAAAUCAUCGAGUCGAAAGUUACAAUGGUUAUGCAAUAGGUACAGCAGGGAGAUUAUGAAUAUUGGCCUGAGAAUGGUUCACUUCACUUGCCACAAUGAAAAUUACGCUAAAUGUCUAAUUGGGAAUCCAACUUGGUUCUAAUACUGAUAAAUUUUCACAGCAUAUGUGAACAUUGUUAAUAUGUACAGUUUCAUGUUGAUUUUUAUUGUAGGUAUGGGAAUGAAAUGUAGCAGAGACAGGUGCGUUACGCUUGUAUAAAGCUGUUCAGCAGUUGUAGGGACAUAGUUUGUAUAUAACAGUAAAAUUAACUAUUAAAAAUUGAAGUAUUUGAAAUACAUAACUAAUUGUGACUACUUAAGAGUGUGGGUAUGUUAAAAAAAUUUAAAAUAGAUUCUGUUCACAGAAACUGUAUUUAUAAAAAAUUUAAGAGUGAAAGACUAAUUUUAGUUUUUGUGCGCUCCAAUGCUACUUUAGUUGUGGCAGACUGAAUAUGAAAUAGUUACCUCCAAAUAGUUAAUGUUUAGCUAACAAAGGAGUGUCAUUUCAUUGUCUUAUUUACAUACAAGAUUGCAUUGCAAAACAACUAUUAGUUGUUUAUUCAUGAGCAUUCAAAUGUAAGAUCGUUUUUUACUGUAAAUAAAGAUAAUAUUUUAAAUAUUUAAGCUUUAUUAGGUCAAUUUUGGUUUAGUUAAAAUGAAGGUACCUACCUCUUAGUGGUCAUUUAUAAAAAAAUUGGACCUAGAAUAAUUUGUGUACUUUAUUUUAAAAGUAUUGGCUGUAUUAGAGAAAUGAUGCACACAACUUAGUUAUGUGGCUGGAAUGGACAUUGCAGCAAUUUGUGAAUUGCUGGUUUAUUACUAGCUAUUGUGAUAUUCCUCAUUGGGAAUAGUGUAUGUAAGAAAUCUGUAAUUUAGACAAAAACAGUUGCAUAUUGUUGACAAACAUGAAAUAUUUUUCAUUUCAGUAAUUAUCACAAUAAAUUGCCUCAAGUUUCUUUCUAAUAUUUUGUUUGAU